CCGAUGAAUUCCUCCCUUAAAACGUGAGAAACAGAGGGGUUCGCUAGAGAAGAAAACUGAAAAAGGCGCAUUCCAACUUUGAUUCUAAGGCUAUGGAGGUCUCCGGCACCGUUCUCCAGCGAAUCACCAACAUCUACGGUGCCGGAAUCGAUAACCUGUCUUCUCCUCGGCGUUUAGCGUCCGGCGGGUCGGUGGAUGUGGGUGGUGAUGGUUCUCGUUUUAAUGGGCGCGUUCGGGGUAUUAGGGUUUCGGUGAGGGCUAGAUCGGAUUCUGGAUUCUCUGACAAUGGGCAUCUCCAGUAUUACAAGGCGUCGACGCCCAGGUGCGGUGUUAGGGACAAGCAACAGGGUUCGGCAGUUCUGACAGCUAAGAAGAAGAUGAAACUGCUCAAGGGAUUGUCUAAGGGCUUGUUGAUGGCCUCUGAAUUGGGGUUCUAUUUGGAUACGGAAAAGCUUAAUUUGUUGGGGGAAGUUCCGGGCAAGCUAACCUCGGACGCUGCUGAGGUUUUACUGAAACAACUAGAACAAUUAAAAGCGGAGAAGAAGGAAAUGAAGAGAGUAAAGAAACAAGAGAAAGCCAAGCUAAAAGCCGCUAGGAUGAAAACUGCACCUGAUUGUGAAUCUUCAUCUUCGUCUUCAUCUGAAUCAAGUGACAGCGACCGUGGGGAGAUGGUUGAUAUGCGCAGCCUUAGAGCAAGUACCGCCCUUGCCUCAGCAACCGUAGAUCAAUUACAGUCACCUGUUCAGGAGGCUGCUGUGCUUUCCCCACCUAGCUCUUUGCCUCAAGGAAGGACUACCAAUGAGAACCCUUUUGAGCUUGGUGCAUACUCUAGUGAUACUAGUAUUAGCAGCAUCAAUGUUGGCUCUAAAUUUGAUAAUGUAGCUACUACCACUGCACCUCAAAAGAGGAUUGAAGUCUGCAUGGGUAACAAGUGCAAAAAAUCAGGAGCUCCUGCAUUGCUUCAAGAAUUUGAGAGGGUUGUGGGCACUGAAGGUGCUGUUGUAGGUUGCAAGUGCAUGGGGAAGUGCAAAACUGGUCCCAAUGUGAGGGUUCAAAAUUCUGUUGGUGAAGGUCUCACUGAGGGAUUAAAUAAUGAUUCUGUCAAGAUUCCUGCCAAUCCCCUGUUCAUUGGUGUUUCUUUGGAGGACGUGGAUGCUAUCGUGGCUAGUCUCUUUGGGGACAAUCAGAGUGAUCCAAGUUCUGAUGCUGCUGCUGCUCCUUGACGAUGGGUUUGAGAUGUCUAAAUAGGUUCCAUGGCCUUGUAGCCUAAUAGUAUGAAUAUUUUUUAUUUGCUGGAGGUCGUGUGGUUGAUCCUACUUUUGCCCUGUGCAUUUGGAUUAGUCAGGUAAUCAUGGGAGGCUGGGAGCCUGUUGUAGCCACAGGUCUGAUAAUUUUCGAAAUUGUAAAUAUUUACAUCACACUAGUUACACAAAUGCCUGGUUGUUUUGGGUUGUGUUAUGCUUCCUCCGAUUUGUAUUAUAAGGAAUUUCUACGCUUCAUUAUAUAAUAUGUUGUCUAAAUUAUUAAUUUUGGUCA